AAAAAUCAGUUCAUUGAGAACCGCGAAGGCGUCCGCUGAAGUGACUGGUGCUGAUGCAAAUACAAACGCGUUCUACAAAAAAAAAUUUAAAUAAAAUAACAAAUAAUAAAGUACAGAAUUUUACGAUUUUGUAGGUGUAUGCUAUGUUGUAUGUAUGCAUAUUAAAAAAAAAAACAAUAAGUAUUCGCAGUAAACACAAAGAAAAGUACCAAAAGGAGCGCAGCUAAAUUUGGAAAGCAUCAUAUUGUGCCAAAUAAUAUACAGCAUCAAUAAAUUCCUGCCGACUUUUUAUCAAUUUUAUUACCAACGGCGAUUGACUGCUACAAUACAUUAUUUUAGAUCGUGAAAUAAUAAAAAAAUAUAAAUUAAAAAAUGGCAACAGCUCCGCAACCAAAUGGAUUACUGCUCGAAAAUUCGGGCUCCAAAGAAGAGGAAUCGAUUAAUAUCGGAAACCUUAAGUCGGAGAGGGAACGAUUAACUCAUAAUCACUUUAUUGAUUCAGAACGAAGCGAAAUAGAUGGACCAAUACAAAUUCCAGAGGAAAUGGAUGCCCUUGAAGACCUUGCUAGCGUAGAUGUUAAUGCCUACGCGCACAAGAAAACUCUCGCCCAGGGUAUGAUGGAUUUAGCAUUACUCACAGCAAACGCCAAUCAAUUGCGCUAUGUGUUAGAGACCUUCAACAGACAUCCAUACUACUAUCCGAGCUUGGUUCUCCUAAUACUUAGCAUUGCUUUUCAAAUAGCUGUUGGUGUUGGCUUGAUUCUCACCAGUCGUUACAACAUUGAAGACAAAAAGGAGGUGUGUCAUGCGAACAGAGUUAGCAACUAUACAAUUUGUGGCAUUUUCAUAAUUACCGUUAUUAAUGUGUUCAUUUCGGCAUUUGGCGUGGCAGACACGUCUGGCGAUAAAUAAUUGUGGAAUCUACGCUUGCUGUUGUCGCUGUCCAUUAAUACAUUUAACGUAUACAAAUAUCUACAAUAGAGCAUUAAUAUACAUAUUUUUAUAAAAAAAAAAAAAUAAACACCAUAUUUUUAAGCAUUGUAGGUUAAAAAACUGAAUGAGCUAAAUGCUUUUCGGCAAUAAAAAUAAAUUUUCAUAGAAAUCCAUUUCAAAUUAGGUAUCGAAUAAUUUACACGAAUACGUUUCAAUUUUAUGAAAUUUGCAUUUUUUUAAGAACAUUGAACCAA